AUAGCUCUCGACGACCUACAAUCUAAUCUAAUAGUCAACCAGCAUGACGCAGAUUUUCGGCCUGACGACUCUUUUCAUCUGGCUCGGGGAAGUUCUUCUCAUCAUCGCCUUCGUCGCCGCCGUCUGCUUCUACUAUCUACGGUGCCGGAACCGGAACCGGGUGGAGGCCGCUGCCGCGGCCGCGGCCGCCGCUGCCGCUUUCGACCGGCGGCAACAGGCGGCGGCACCCCGCGCGCAGCCAGCGGCCGCGGUGCAGAUGGCGCCCAUGGCCUUGGUCCUGCGGCUGGACCGCGUCUGCGUCACGUACACACGCCGGAACGGCGGCGGCACCGACGAUCGUCGUCAGCAGCCGUCGGUGGCGGAGGCGGAGCAGGACUGCGCGAUCUGCCUGAGCCCGUUCCAGUACGGCGACCGGUGCAGCGUCAUGCACGUCUGCCGCCACGAGUUCCACCGGAGCUGCAUUGCGAAGUGGCUGGCGUGCCACAACCACAACACGUGCCCGCUCUGUAGGGCUCAGCUGCGUUGGGAUGAUGUUGCUAUUAACAUGCCGUAGAUCACGAACAGGGAUGUGUUAUUCGUCGAUCUCGUGCUGUUGCUAUUAACAUGCCGUAGAUCACGAAUAGGGAUGCUGUUUUUUUUUGGUCUCCAACUGCUUCGAUUCUGUAUAAUAAUUCUCUACUAAUUAAUGAUUCGACGAUGACCCUGCUUCACCUAUGAACCGUGUAUGUUUAUUCUCUCCUCUGUAGGCUAGUUUGGAAUAAAAA